AUGUCCGCCACACGCAAUGCCCCUUCUGCCGCGCUGGCACCAGCGAGAGGCCCCAAUGUUCCCAGCAAUGUCCAUUCUGCAGUCCGCCAAUAUUGUGCCACCGAUUGCCACUUCUCGGACUCUCCUAGUGAUGCGUUAUCUAGCAGCUCCAUGUUCUUUGAGCCGCGCUCACCCCAUUCCCGUCAACCUGAGCGACGAUGGACGGUGACUAUCAACGAUUCAUUUAUUCAUGACGAUGUGCUUUUGAACCUUGAUCUCAUCGGGCCUGAUGUCAAACCUGGAAGUGUUGUGGCGCUUGAUUUGGUCAAGGCUGAUUCCGAAAAGCCGCCACCAAUCUCGUCGUAUGGGAGACAGCCAGUCCUGGAUCGCAAGGAGGGAACUUCUGGUCCUGCCUCAGAGAGGCGCUACAUAUGUGUUGUCAAGGAUAUGCCCAGGGAGAUGAAGGCUCGCUUCCCUAUGGUUGAGGUAUAUGUGGCGAAGCAUAUUGCCGACGCCUUUGGAAUGAAAAAGGGCACCCAGGUGACCAUCUCACCCAUAGAUGAAAGCAAUCCUGCUGUGGAGGCAUCCCAUGUCGAGCUGUGCUUCAAAGAUCAAUACCUCUCGCGGGCUGAUAUGUGGCGCAUGACGGUAGGAGAGCUGGCAAGAAGGACAGUUUACAAGGGACAGAUGAUUUUAUUCAUGGGCACCGUAAAGGCCCAGGUCACUUCUGUCUACGUUGAUGGCCGCAAAGUCCAGUCAGCAUUCUUCGGACGUAACACAAAGCCCAUCUUCCGAAGCGAAUCCGCCCGUUAUGUGCUCUUCAUCCAAAUGGCCCGUGAAAUGUGGGAUUUUGACCCUGAUGGCUCGGGCGAGAUCAUGUUCAACAAGGUUGUUAAUGGCUUCUUGCCGGCAUUAUUUAAGAAAUGGGCCACAUUGAGGGUGAAACAUCUUGUCACCAUCGUCCUCUUUGCCCGCGUCGAGUAUGACAUGGGUAUAUCCACUGAGUUGGCAGGCACAUCUGUUUAUGAUGACUAUUUCACCGGGUUCCAAACUUCAGGAGAUCGUCGUCCAUACAAGGAUUUUUACCGUGUUGUGGUCAGCGAGAUGAGCAGCGGCGAAUGGACCAAAAUUCUCUAUCAGCUCAAGCGUGAAUUCAACCACUUCCGCAAAGACAUCAGCACAUAUCACCAGCAAGCGAUGAGGGAGUUUGCAGGUGCAGACAUGUCCAACGAAAGAGAUGCCAUGCUAAACAAAAUCAAGGCAGAAGCUUCGAGGGCCAUCCAUGGCAAUUUCUUAGAAGCCAUCAACAUGGCGUUGUCUUUAUAUUCCCACGACUACAUUGACAGAGACUUGACAAGAACUGGGCUGUCUGUGGUCAUCAUCAGUCCCAGCCCUGGCGUUUUCGAAGUUGAUCCGGAGACGACUUCCCAAUACGAUGUCGGAUACUCUUGCUUUCCUCUCAAGGCUGUUUUGGAGAACCGUGUUGGGAGCUAUCGUUUAGACAGCGAGGGAAACGUCGUUGUCAAGAAUUUACGGGUUCCAGAUAGCCUAUUCGACCCUGUCCAUGGCUUUCAGAAGUUUGCUCCUGAUAAGCAUGGAAAGCACUCGGAGAGGUCGUUGUGGAGGCAGUUACAAGAGUACGAUGAUUGCAAAGCACGAUUGCCUCCUCGACAAAUCGGCGCUGGCCAUUCCAGGCAUGGAAGAGACCUAGAGGCUAUGCCGAGCAGGCAACACGCAGAGGAUUCCACUUCUGUAAGCAUAUUGGGGACGUCGUAUACAGAGCGGCGACCGUCAACUGCGACCCAACAGCAUCAGGUGUUUUCCGAGGGUAUUACUUGUUACUCCAGUGCGGAGAAAGCCGAAGUCGUGCAGUCCCACCGCAAGAGCAUCAGUGGCCGAUCUAUGAGACAGGAACCGAGAGAGACGUCUUCCUCGUCUUCUCUCGCAAAGACACCGAAACUGAUGCGCAUCAGCCUUGGCAACCGUGGGUUUGGAAUUGCAGCUCCCAAGGUAGCAACCGCCGAAGUGAGCAUUGAGACUGUCGGUGCUUCCAAGACUUUGACAUCAUCUCGAAGCAACCAAGACCUCCGGAUGAUCCCGCAACGGAUAGGACAGCGGCAAUCGUCGUCCCGUAGGUCGUCCAUAGUCGGAACGCCUACAAGCACAUUCUCUCAUGGCAGCCUCGGGUCAUUUUCGUUGGCCCAGGGCCAGCAGCCCGCGCCAGAUACGCCGUCGAAGCCAAUAGUCAUCAGAAAAAACCAGCAAGCUAGUGAACCGGCAGCUGCCAUGUUAUCUGGUUCGAUUCUUGCGACGACUCUUCGACCGGAGCCAGGUGGCCGAGACCGCGACCUGUACUAUUCGAACGCAACAAGGGCCGAAGAUGCCAAAAAACUCUACAAUUCCAAACUCCUUGCUGGAGCCGUGCCGGUGCCAUCGAAUCUGUCACCAAAAACCGCAUUAUCGCCGUGGCUGACCUUGCUAAACCCUUCUAAUCCGAACCCUAAUGACUUGGAGAUCCCCCAGCUCUACAGCCGCUGGCAGCACGUCUUCCCUCGUCCUCAGGAAAUGAGGAUCAUGAAAUGGAAGACUCUGUGCACUCCAGCUGCCGUGCCCCUUACUUCAGAGUAUUUUCCGUCCAAAAAACAAUUCGAGACUGAGUAUGAACGGAAGCCUUACAUUGUCUCUCAAGCUUUCGAUGAUGAUAUGCUAGAAGAGCCCAGAUCUCGUGAUGAGCUGCUGCGUGAGAUGGUCAGUCUACGCUUCACACAAGGUUUUCAGAUCGUUGUUGGCCCUGCCGUCGCCAAAGCACUAGGCCAGAAACAGGUCAAGAUCGCCGAUAUCUUCUCUCAAGACCAGAUGAUGGAAGAUGGUACCAGCAUUUUCAUGUCCGUUGGCAAUAUUAUCCAUCAGUUAUCCUGUGUCAACGGCACUGAGGUCGAAGUCAACAUUUUUAUUCGAAAGACUCUCCAUAAUGCACAAGACCCUGAUGAGAUCCCCAAGUACAGACCGGCUAUAAGGACAUUGUUGGACGCCGGAUACCAGACAAGCGAGCUCCCGCUUGUGUCUCGCAGACCACGUCCAAACUGGAACUACAUCGACGCCUUUGUUGCUGGGCAUAACGAAGAACUUAGGGAUUACCUCAAUUUCUGGCGCGCCAGAUUUGUUUUGAUUCCUAUGACCGGUCGGCGCUCGUCGAUCCCUGGGGUGCGGGCUGGCGACAAUGAGGAAGAAAUCCGCAUCGAAGGAAUUAGGAAACUGGCGCAAAUAUGGCAGAAAUAUCGAUACAUUCCCCCCAAUGAGCGUCGUCUUCAGAGUUCAACAACUCGCGAAAAGAAGAAAGAGAUGAGCCCUCUUGAUAUUGUCUACAAGACAGAAGACCCAUCGGUUGUCAUCGCAGCAGAGCUGGAGACGCUUCCUCUCUUGGAGGGCCAAGAAGGCCAACGGGAAAGGCUGGUGAGGAGUCGAGAAUUAUUCUCGAAGAAGAAUUUUAGUCUGGCAGCGCUUGCUGAGGCUAUCCAACAACCUGUUGAAAACGGAGGCGUGCGGAUGCAGAACCGCAGGUGGCACUGGCGACUGCAUUACAACUGCUUUAUUGGAUCGGAUAUGACAACAUGGCUUCUGGAAAACUUUGAGGAUUUGGAAGAUCGUGAAGAGGCCGAAGCUCUGGGCAAUCGUCUCAUGGUGGAUGAAAAAGGGAAUGGCCUCUUCGUCCAUGUGGAACGGCGACAUCCAUUCAGAGAUGGGCAAUAUUUCUAUCAGAUUACGAGCGAGUAUGCGAAGACUCAUGCUCAGAGUUGGUUUAACACCAAGAAAAGCCAGGGAUCGGUGCCGUCCACGCCAAUGGGUGACCAUAUCCCACGAGAUUCUCGAGCCAAUUAUUCUCGACCAACGUCAAUACAUGAAGAAAAGUUAUCUUCAUCUGGUUCGACAACACCGACAGCACCAUCCACAGCGAUGGGGAAAAAGCCGAAGGUGACACUAAGCAAGGUCAUCAAGUAUGACGUGGAUCACAGAAAGCGUUCCUAUCGGCCUGAGAUCAUCGAGCUGCACUAUGACAGGCUGCACAACCCGGAUAACUGCUAUCACAUUCGAGUUGACUGGAUCAAUGUUACUGCCAAACUUGUCGAGGAUGCUAUUGAGCACUGGGCACGUGAAGCAGCUCAAUAUGGAUUAAAGCUGGUAGAAGUACCGAUUGCUGAGGCAUGUGCAGUCAGCGACACAAACCCAUUCCGAAGACCAUACAUCAUCAAGCUUGCAGUUCCUCCUCCGGACCAAUCCCCGCUAACCUACUAUGAUCCGACGUCAUUCACUCCACAAGCGCAGCCUGGGCGUCAUUUCUACCAAAAGGCUAUCUUGCGCAAGUUUGAUUUUGUUUUGGACAUGGAAGCGGCUUCCAAUUUCCCCAGCAACGUCGAGGUCACCUAUUCGUGGGGGAAACCUGACUUCAAGUAUACGCAAUAUAUCCAUCGCUCUGGAUCUGUCUUAGCAGAAAUCACAGAUGAAGGAGACUUGUUACUUCUGGCAAACAGGCUGUAUAGCAACCGAGCAGCUGCGGCACGCGAACGAGAACUUCAGCGCGAACAGCGCGGUGAGACUGGGCUCAGUGGCGGAGGGGGGCUCGGUACUCCGGGUCCGAGUGCGAUGCGUGUUGUCACACCUGGCUCGUUCACACCAUUCAGCAUGUUAAAUUCACCGGCAGCAUUCCAUGAGUCAUCAACUCCUGCUUCCUCACCGCUCUUGAAACCAUCCAGUGGCCGUCUAUCUCCUGUCUCACGGGCUGGUGGGCCGGUAAGCACACAGGUUGGCAAAACAGUUAUGUCUACUUCAACAACAGCUGCUACAGCCCCUGGUUAUAGCCAUUAUCCCGGCACCUCGUGGACGACCUGGACCACACAAGAACCGGAGUGGAUCAAAGACGAACUUGAGGCAUUCUGCCGCGACGCGCAGGCGCUGGAGGAGUUCUACAGGGAGCUCAGCACUGCCGUACCGCCAACGGCAGUACCAAAUGCCACCGAAGAAGAAAUGACGCCACCUUCAUUCAACCAAUCUGGCAGCGUCGUGUCGACAGUGCCAGAGGGCAGCAUCCCGGCCUUGGGAUUGCCACCGUCAGUGCUGAGUUCUUCGACAGGACUGGCUGCUGGUGCUGGUGCUGGUGCUGUAUCUGCUGGGGUGACUUUGCCUUCGUCUGUCGGAGGGCAGCAGAACACCGGUGCUAGUGUUACUUCGGCAACCUCUGCUGGGAACAUAGUUCUGCCAAGCUCCAGGGCAGGGAGCCCCAACCCCGCGCUGAUGUCAGCUUCAAACUUUUUGAGAAGAGGAAGUGUACAGUACGAGACCCUCCUUGGAGGCUUGAGGGGGAUCACAGGAGCUGUAGGUCGCAUGUGGCUUGAGCUGCAUGACGAUGGCCUUUUGACCUUCGAAUUGCCCAUCCAGAGCUUCGACUACAAUGCCUAUGAAAACAGGAAGGUUGCGUUCAAGGAAGCCCGAAGCACCUCAUGUCUGAAUCUCUUCCCUAUCACUCGGAGCAAGAGCGAACCUCCUCGGACACAAUGGCAAGCUGGCAACGAGCUUGAGAAGCAGCCUGUCAUUUUGGAUGGACCAAGCGCCUCACGCCCCUCAGAUGCGUCUAGCGCCAAGGAGCAAGACGCGGUCGUCGAAGACAGCCGACCUGACACUGGAAUUGCCUCAACCUCACAUCUCCAGCCAAACGAGAGCCAAGACUCAGCCACUGCCUCGGCAACAGAAUUCCAGGGCACGCUACGUCAGCGAAACUCUGCUCUCGAACACUCGCAGGAGACUGGCGCAGCAGGAGAAGGCCGGCAAGGGAACCCUGAAGAAGAGAAGAAGACGAAGACUUUGUUCAAGCACAUCGAACCCAAAGAGCCGUUCACUGUACGCAACCAGCUGCAACGGACUUUCUUGAAUUCCUGGCUCAAUAUCCUCCUACUUGCCGCUCCUGUGGGCAUUGCGAUCAACUAUGUCCAUUCGGUGAGCCGAAUUGCUGUUUUUGUUGUCAACUUCAUCGCGAUUAUUCCCCUUGCUGCCAUGCUUGGCUUCGCCACAGAAGAGAUCGCUCUGCGGACAGGUGAGACGUUGGGAGGAUUGUUAAAUGCCACCUUCGGCAACGCUGUUGAGCUGAUUGUUGCCAUCAUUGCCUUGGCUCAUGAUGAAGUCAUCAUUGUCCAGACUUCACUUAUCGGCAGCAUCCUCUCCAACCUUUUGCUUGUGUUGGGGCUGUGCUUUUUCUUUGGGGGCAUCCGGCGCCAGGAGCAAUACUUUAACACCACAGUCGCCCAAACAGCCGCAAGUUUGCUUGCUCUAGCCGUUGCGUCGGUCAUUGUCCCAACGGUCUUCGACAUUGCCAGCGAUACCCCGCAAUCCGACAUUGCUAAACUCUCUCGCGGCACGUCCGUCAUUUUACUCAUUGUCUAUGGCGGGUAUCUUUUCUUCCAGCUCAAGACACACUCCAAAGUCUUCGCCGAAGAAAGCCAAAAGGUCGAGGCCAAACCAUUCAAACGCAAUCUUCUUGGAAGUAACGAUAGUGCCAACGGCCCUGAAUCUGCAAUUGCCCGGGGUCUGAUGAGCCCUGCUGGCAUGAUCAUGGUCGGUCACGGGGGCCAGCCAUCUGAAGCCGAACGUCUGCGCCGCCUGCUUGCCAACCCUCCACGGAAAAACCUCCGAGACUGUGCUGAGGGUGUCGCGGCAGCCCAACCAAGCCGAACAGAAUUUGGUGCUGUUGACGAAAAUGACAGUGAAGAGCCUCAGCUUCAGUUUGGUGUCGCUGUGGCCACUCUUACCGUCUCGACUGUCGUAAUUGCAUUAUGUGCCGAGUACAUGGUGGACAGCAUCAGUUCCGUGACAUCUGGCGGCCGCGUGAGCGCCGAAUUUGUCGGUCUGAUUUUGUUGCCCAUUGUGGGCAACGCGGCCGAGCAUGCAACAGCCGUUACGGUGGCCAUGAAAGACAAGAUGGACCUGGCCAUCGGUGUUGCAGUCGGGUCCAGCAUGCAGGUCGCUCUCUUCAUCAUCCCAUUGCUUGUUAUUAUCGGUUGGGGGAUGGGAGUUGAUGCGAUGGCGCUGAACUUUGACCCAUUCCAGGUUGCUGUCAUGUUCGUGUCGGUACUAUUGGUAAACUACCUGAUCGCUGAUGGCAAGAGUCACUGGCUUGAGGGCAUGUUGCUGAUUUGUCUGUAUGCUAUUAUUGCUGUCUGCUCAUGGUGGUAUCCUGCACAUGACUCUCUGGGGCCGCACAGUGGCUAG